AUGGCUCAGACGACACGCACUGCAGUAGAUUUGGCGCAAAAUGGCACGGCAUUGGCAAGUGGAACGGGACAGAAGACGGAUGUCCUUCAGACUGUCAACGUCGUGACGACUAUUCUGGUUAUUUCACUCCUUACGCCGUUGAUGCUCGCGAAGAUCUACAUCAAGAAAUUCGUUGUCGGUGGCUGUUGUAGAGAGGACGCCCUCUGCUUCCUCGCUUGGUUCAUGACAACAGGAUACUGUGUGACAGGGCUUCUGAUGGCUGGUCAUGGAGGAGGAAAUCACGAAUGGGAAGUCCCUCGGGAAGAAUUGAUACAGUUUCAGAAGAUUCUUUACGCCGACACCAUCCUCUACGGCCCAGCUGCCUUCCUCACCAAGACAACGCUCUUACUGAUCUUCACAAGAGUCUUCUCGCACUGUACCAGGACGGUAAAAUUCAUCUAUGCAUUCAUUGGAGUCAUGGCAUGCUACUACGUUCCCGUCUUAAUUCUAAAGAUCCGACUCUGUACGCCGAUUGAGGGUCUCUGGGAUCCGAGUGUUGAGUCGAUGUGUUUCAAUCAACAGAGUAUUUUCUUCACGGAUGCGAUGGUGAGUGUAGCAACGGACGCGACGGUUUUAAUUCUGCCGGGACCACUAGUCUUUACACUCAAUGUCGGCAUAUUCAAGAGGAUUCGGAUUGGGAUCUUGCUGGGAGUCGGUGGUCUCGCAACAAUUGCUAGCACGUGGAGGGCUGUACUUGUGUGGGCCCCUGACGCAUACGAAGAUAUCACGGUUACGUUUGUGAGGAUCAAUUUACUCGGAAUUGCAGAAGUCGGCAUAGGUAUUAUGUGUGCCUGCGUCCCGACCUUCAACAUCCUCUUCACGCGGUACACCAAAGAGCACUGGGGUCCUAAUGCCUACUACGCAGCGACGGGUGAGCGCAGCCCGGCGCUGAAAACCCCAAGAUUACGAAGGUUAACGGGAGACGGGAUGGGGGUUCACGUCUGGAGGAAGGGACAUAGGUAUAAGAAGAGUCUGGAGAGUGAAUCUGGAGAGGGGAUUGAGGAUGGGGAGGUUGUGGUGCUGGAGACUGUGGUGGCUUUGGAGGAGAGGAGUGGUGAGGGAAGUAAGAAUUGCAAGGUUGCUGCGUGGUGUAAGAAGCAGAAGAAGAGGAAGAUUAGAGAAAAUCAGAGGCGGGAAGGGGAAGAAGAGUGGAAGAAAUUGAAGUGGGGCGUGCAUGUGGAGAGGGAUGUUGAGAGUGAAGCUGGGAUUGUGGAUGUUUUGGAAACAGGGGUUGAUAUUGGAUAUCAGAACGGCAGUGUUACAGACAGAGACAGAAAUUUGAGCAGGAAUAGGGAAAGGGAAGAGGAUUCCGGAUGGCCGCUUUCGGGAGGUGGGAAUGUGUUCCCAGUUACCGAUGUUGAGAGAGCUAUCUGA